AUGGCAUCGUUCUUUGAAAUGCAGAAUGCUAGAUCCACAUAUGCUCUGAUCUCUCUAUCUGUGUCAUAUGCUAAUAGUACAACAUUGCGAGGGGGUGCUGCUGCUUCAGGGGCAGCACAACAGAAUUCCCAUCGACUAUCUCCUUUAUUAUUGCAUUCAGACGAAUUGAUGGAUUUGGUGGAUUCAUUCUUGCAGCAGCUUGAUUUCUUCGUUGUUCCCUUCGAUUUUGAUGAAAAGUUCGCUCUAUUUCGUGAUCGAUUAUAUACUGACAAAAUAUUGGGAACUUUCAAAACUAGUUUCUCUCUAUUUCGUUUUUUUUUUUUUUUUUUUUCCCAGCUUUUUCGUGAGAGGGUUGGGUGUUCGCUAGGGUUUUCGAUCUCCCUCUUCUUCUCCGGUGUAUCUCUGGCUCUCCGAUCUUCCUCUUCUUCUUCGAUCUUCCUCUCAUUCAGAUUCAGACUCACGAAGGUGAAUAAAAGGGCUAAGAAGUUUAAGAAAAAUGGUUACCCACAUUAUGGAAAGUUUAUGAGAAUAUUUGGAGAUACUACAGCUACUGGUGCUAAUGCUUCUGCAUCAACCAAACUUCUAUCAGAUUUUGAAGAUGAAAAUGAUGUUGGAAGCAAUACAAACUUUGUUGUUGAAGAUGAUAAUGGACAAGAAAAAAGUGGGAAACGAGUAUGAAGGAAAAUGGAAGAUUUGAGUAGUUUCAUUUCUUCGUUUGUAGAUGCUUAUGUGGGGGAUUCGACUUGAAUUGUAUUAGAUAUUCUACAUUUGAAUGAUAGAUAUUAUUGUUGUUAUUAAUUUUGCUUGAGACUUGAAUUGUAUUAGAUAUUCUAAACUCCGGAAGAUGUUUAUUUCUUUUUA